UAUAAAUGCCCACAACAUCCACCAUGCAAAUGAAAGCACACCGAUCUUCGUUUCCCUUAUGGCAAGGCAUCGAGUUCUUAAUACUAUAUUCUUCUUUUUGUGGCUGAGCAUAGGAAUUUGCUCGGCAGCAAGAACCCUCCUCAGUCUUGAUGUGGGCAGUGUUGGGUCAAAAUACGAUGUCGGUGGUCAAGGUGUUGUAGAUGUAAAAACCUCCGGUUAUGCAGCUGAAGGUGGUGCAAAAGUCAGCGGCACCGGAUAUGGUUGGGGAGGUACUGGAGGUGGAAAAGGUGGUCGUGAAGGCUAUGAUGAGGUCGGGAACAAUUAUGGGUAUGGAAGUGGAGAGAGUGUCGGUGGGGGAUAUGGUGCGGGAGGGCAUGGUGGUGGUAGUGGUGGUGGUGGAGGAGGAG